AUGUUUAAUCCAUCCGCGUCUGUAUGAGUUUGAGAAACGAUUAUCAGUAUUUGUCGCUUGAUCCUCGGCUGAUUAGUGCUUCUGGUUUUAUCUUUCAAUUGAUUUUUCGCUAUGAGUAAAAGUAUAACGGGAAUCAAUUUCAAGUGUUUGAUAUGAAAUGUCAGCAAUUAUCUACAAAAGAUGAAACAUUAACCAGAAUCACUGCCAAGUUAAAAUGUUGCUCUUGUAUAUUUAUUGAAUGUAAAUUGUAUUUAUAACAUAAUUUCAAUUUGUUUCAUCAUUCCUUUUUUGGUUAUUCAAUUGUUUUAAUUUAAUUAUCUUUGAUUUUCAUGUUAAAUUAACGUUUUGUGACAACAAAUGGCAACCAAAACAUUAACCCGAUUGCUAUCGACAUCUAUAUCUCAACAAUUGAAUAAAAAGAUUGGACUGGUUGGUAGUUGUUUUGACAAAGGACAGCCUAGAGAUGGUGUUCAAUAUGGACCCAAAGCCUUCCGAGAAAAUGGUUUAAUUCAAAAAUUUGACGAUCUACAUUUGGAUUAUAAAGAUUAUGGUGAUAUAAAUGUUAAAGAUGUCUUGGAAAAUCAAAGUGAUCUUUCAACCUCAACGUCACCAGCCAAAUUACCAGAAAAAUUGAUCAACAGUAAACUUAAAAAUGUCCAACUGGUUGCUGAUUUCAGUAAACUGCUUAGUGAAAAGGUUCACCAGUGUUUAAAAGAUGAUAGAAUCUGUCUCAAUAUUGGAGGAGAUCAUACUCUAGCGAUUGGAAGUCUUUUUGGCCAUAUUAAAUUUAACCCAAAAUUUUCAGUCCUCUGGAUAGAUGCUCAUGGAGAUGUAAACACAGAGAAAACGACAAAUAGUGGAAAUAUUCAUGGAAUGGUGUUGUCCUUUUUUAUCCAAGGAAUCCAAAGUGAAAUUGAAAAUUCACCCGAUUUGACAUCUCUUUUUCACUCCAUCCCUCCAAAUCUUGACUGUUCAUCUCUUUGUUACAUUGGACUUCGUGAUCUGGAUCCUCCUGAACGUCAUUUGCUUGACAGUCUUCAAAUCAAAUAUUUUACCAUGGGUGAUGUUGAUAAACUUGGCAUCAGCGAGACAACUUCAAGAGCAUUGGACAUUCUGAAACCAUCUGCUAAUAAACCUCUCCAUGUGAGCUUUGAUGCUGAUUCUCUGGAUCCUUGUUAUGCUCCAUCAACAGGAACUCCAGUUCCCGGUGGAUUGACUCUGGAUGAAGCUUUAACUUUGGCUAAAACCGUUUCUGCGACUAAUGCAAUAAGAUGUAUUGAUUUUGUUGAAGUCAAUCCUAAAAUUGGUGAAGCUAAAGACGUUAUUAAGACGGUAGAUAAUUCAAUCAAGAUACUUCUUUCACUUUUAGGUGUAACGAAAUAAGUUGACGAGAUCGGGAAAUUCAUCUUUAGAUUAUUUUCAACUGCAAUAAACGUUGAAAUUUGCUGGUUAUUUCACACCUAUGUUAACAUAUCAUCAUUUUUAAUGAUUCACUAAAUUAUACAAUGUAUUAUCAAAAAAUAGAGUAUUUACCUAAACUAAAGUGAAGUAAAUAUGAAAAUA